UUUUGUGGCGCGCUAUAUUUUGAAUUCUGGGAGCAGAACCGGAUCUGUUUGAAAUUUUUAUAAAUAAGUUUUAAAGUUUGACUAAAUUAUAAAUAUUUAUGUCAUGUUUGAAUGUCGUAAGACGUCGUCUGAUGUGUCCCGAUUUGUUGGCGAUGAUGUUAAGGACAUGGUGCAAGUCCAAAAGUUUGUGGAAAGGUUCAGUCAACAGAUAUCAACUCCAUCGUCGGAAGAAGAUGAAAUACCUUGUCGAUUGUUUGGAAUAGAUUUUUUCUAUCUUGAUGAAGAGCUAGUACAAAAUUUGGCAAACGCAGCCCGAGGAAGAAUUGCAAAAUUGAGUAUCAAAUCCAUAAGGCAGGAUUUGGGUGAUACAGAAUGUGGCUUGAUACGGUCCGAAAUCAACGAACUAUUUCGAGUGAUAUUGGGACAAGUUGACACAUUGGAAUGCGAGACGGUCUUGGAAGCAAUUAGUACCAUUCAUAACAGUUUACCGUCAGUUGCAGACGUAGCGGAAAAUGUAGGAAUGGUGUCUCCCAGAGAGCUUCCUUUGCAUAGCUAUGAAUAUUUCCACGCAAUACUGGAUUGGCAUUGGUUGGAACUUGUAUUGGCUUACGAAGCUGAAAAAACAGCUUCUGAAAAAACGCAAUGUCGCAAAUUAUACUUUGACAUAAUGGAAAAUCUACUGAACAUAACAGCCCACAAAUACAACAACAUACAGAAAAACGAGUUGAUUCUAGAAUCGCAAUUUUUAUGUCCAUGCAUUAGAAAGCUAUGGAUUGGAAUCAUAAAACUCAGUACAAUUCUCAACUUAGGGUUUUGGAGUAGUCUACAAACCAUUCUGCAAUCGAUCGUCAUAGAAAAACGCGACGGAAUACGUAAAACGUGUAAGUCAAACGGAACUGGAGAAUUUUUGUUUCAAACAUGGUUCAUAAGUGGGCUGGCAUCGCUCUAUCAGUAUCAAAUGUUGGAUCAAAUCACUUUCAAGGAAACUCCUGUCAUUGAUAUUUUACCGGAUUAUACUAUCUUAGACAAGCUUCUAAAAGAAAUUUUGCACUAUGAAAAAUCAGAAGAGCAGCUAAGAAUGUUUCUGCUGCUUGUGAAGCCUAUUUAUACUCAAUGGUGGCCAGUGAAGCACGAUUUCAUUUUGACUCUGUGGGAGUAUUUUAGCAAAAAUCUGAGCUCUCCAUUUCAGUUGCCAACCGAAGCUUUGAGUAAGCUUGCAUGCCUUGCUAGUUCCCCCGAAAAGUUUAUCGAGCAGGCCAAGUUUCGUGCCAGCCAGGAAGCAUUUAAUGGUAUAAGCCUUCAAGAUUCCAGUUUCAAAUGCUACGUGACAAUUUUAGCAUUUCUUUUACGUCACUAUUCUGAUGCCAAUCAAAAGACCAAAGUCCAAAUUUUAUUUAACCGAACAAUACUAAAAAUUCCGCCGUCUAAGUUGGAAUCGAUGCCAGAACAAGCCGUUUACAAUUUUUCGCUACUGAUGUUGACUAUGAUGGAAGCCACACCUUAUCAGGACGAUUAUAGCAGACUAUCGAAACAGUUGCUACAAAUACGCCUGGAAGCUUCAAACCCAACUCAAGGCACGAUAGAUUCAGCCGUGCGACGUAUCACUACAAUAACGCUGGCCAACAUGACAAUGAUUGGGAAAAUCGGUGAACGAAGUUUUGAUAAAUCUAAUCAUCUGAAUACAUUCCUCAAAAGCUUCGAAGCAACGUAUCGAAAAUAUGGAGACCGGAUGCAACCGGCCCUGGGAGUUUUGGCUGCCGGAAUGUGUACCGUUUAUGAUCGUGCUAUAACUCGAGGUCAGUUUGAGAAAGGUGACGAAGCCUUCCUGGGCGAGUGGUUGGGUAAAUAUUUGAAGGCGUGUUCGGAAAGCGAAAGAGAUGCUUUGCUGGGAACUGUUUGUGCUAUCUUCGGAUGUUACAGACGAAAACCUUAUUUUAGGGCAGAGGAACAUAGUGAAAUACUUCAACCGCUGUAUGAAAUCGUGUUACCUUAUGUGAAGGAAUGUUUCAACUGCGGCGACCAACUGCAAUCGCCACUGGUGGUGGCCGAGCUAGCUUCACACUUCACUGUAUUUGCAAAUGGUCAACCAUAUGCUGGGCAGUUUCUCUCGCUGUUUGGAUUUUUUUCGGACAACCAGACGGCUAGCUUAGAACUACGAUUACACUAUCUGAAGCUAAUGGUUACUAGUGGGCGUGUUGGCGAAAUUCAAGAAAAAAUAGUUGUUCGUUGCUGGCUCAAGUUUGCACUUCUUAAUGGUCGGGACCAGCUGCAAGAUUUGUCUCGAGUCGUUUGUCAAAUGACUGAAUUCAAAAGUUUGUGCGAUAUACCAGAGUAUGAUCUGUGUGAAGGAGAUGACGAACCAAUAGGGCUUUUCUUCAAAUACGUUGGCCGGAAAUACAAAGAUUAUGAGGGAAAAGAUAGCCGAGCGCAAUAUGAGAUGACAAUGAAAAUGCAUUCUCUGUUUCAACAUCUCGACAAGUGGGCUGUAAAUCCAAGCGUUCCGGUUCUGCGAAGAAUCAUGUCUGUGCUUGCAUUAGCCUUAAAGGAAUGUGGAUCGAUAAUCUAUAUUAAAAGCAAUUCGACCUGUUUGUACCACAUUGCUUUUAGCCAUUACUUCCUCCCGAUGGCAGUACUAACCGAUCGAAGCGUCCCCAGCGAUGCAAUUUUGGCUAUGGGAAAGGUCUGGCAUCGAAUAAUGGAUGCGAUGGGAACGCUAAAUUACACAAGUGACCCUGUUAUUAGUGAUCAUGUCACGAAUAUGAUUGUUAAAUGGACACCACAGUUCGUAAAGUUCAAAGACCGCAAUGACAUUGCUAGACCUUUUGUUACAUUCUUUUCAUCGCAAAAUGAAGCACUCGUAAUAUUUGCGUUUCAAAAAUUUGUGGUUGCCUACAUUGAAUUGCAAAGAUUUACACCUAAACCGAACUCGGAUAGUGCAUUGAAAAUAUUGCUUCUUACUUUGGAAUCCCUACAGCGCAUCCAAGACAAUAACAAAAUAGCAUUAUUCAUUCGCAUCAUGGCGUUGUCUAUCUUGGAUCACGCAUUGCUGGUUUUGGAUGGCUGUCCCAGCAAACCAAUAGCAAAUGAAUUGGCAUUAAAAAUGCUUCAGUCUACCGGAAACAAUUCAAACCUCAUAAAAAUGGAGUUUAAAGCCUGUUUGACAGCUUUCACUAAAAAGAAUUUACCUAUCGAUGCCGCAAACUUUUUCCGAUUCAUGUACAAAUUAGCUGACAAAGAUCCAGAAUUCAUAAAAUCGAUGGUGUCGACAAUUCGGACUGAAUUGACUGAAACCGAACGUUUACGAGGUGUGAAGGAAGAUAAGCAUUUACGAAAUUUGUUAAAUCAAUUGGAAGGUGCUGUCGAUGCCAGUUUCGGAAGAACCAAAAAUAGUGAAUAGUUUGAGAAUAAAAUAUUGAUAUUUGUUCUGGAAUAAGUUUUAAAAUUAUAA